UGCGCGAAGGCUGGAGCUAUGUGGAGUCUUUCCAUCUCAGUAUGAUAAAUGGGAGUAUGUAUGCAAACAUAUACAGUAUUUCUGCAGGAGCUGUCUCUCACUUUCUGGAUUAACAAAUGCGCAGGGACAGCAGGCAGAACACCUCUCGAGAGUCCCUGGAUUCCUUAAAGACGGAUACAAUAACUUGAAUCGUUUUUCCUAUUCCUCCUUGUCUUUAAGCCUGAGCUAGUUCUCUUUUGCUGGGUAUGUGCUAAAACCUGCAUGUAUUAAUGUAUAAAGGGGACGCAGCGUUAUUGCUUUCGUGUACAGUGAAAUCAUGCGGGGACAGAGCAAAGCACAGAGUGCAAAUGACUUUCUUCUUCACUGACAUUGAUUCUCCUUCAUAAAUAAUCAUUAUUGCCAUUGGAGACGUAAUUAUUUUUAGGAGCUUGAAGAAGCAGCGAUGUAGGAUAGUAGGAGACACUCGUAGAAUCCUGGCUGCAUUUGUUCCUCCCGGGCUGUGGGGAAGGAGGACCUCAGCCUGGUGUCCACCUCAUGGAAAACCUGUCGCCCUACAAUGUCACAAUCCACGUGUUAAACGCAGACGCUGUAGAUGCGGCCAGCAGCAGCAGGGACAGGAGUCUGAGAGCGCUGACCGGCUUGCUGCUGUCCCUGCUCAUCCUGUCCACACUGUUGGGGAACACGCUGGUCUGCUUGGCGGUCAUAAAGUUCCGCCACCUCAGGUCCAAGGUGACCAACUUCUUCGUCAUCUCCUUGGCGGUGUCUGACCUGUUCGUGGCCCUGCUGGUGAUGCCAUGGAAGGCGGUGACCGAGGUGGCCGGCUACUGGCUCUUCGGGGACUUUUGCGACACCUGGAUAGCCUUUGACAUAAUGUGCUCCACAGCUUCCAUCCUCAAUUUAUGCAUAAUCAGCCUGGACCGCUACUGGGCUAUCGCCAGUCCCUUCAGGUACGAGAGGAAGAUGACCCAGAGGGUGGCUUUCAUCAUGAUCGGUGUAGCCUGGACUUUGUCCAUCCUGAUAUCCUUCAUCCCUGUGCAGCUCAGCUGGCAUAAGUCCCAGGGGACCAUUGGAAAAUGGAACUUCACCAACCAGACAGAGAACUGUGACUCCAGCCUCAACAGGACAUAUGCCAUAUCCUCUUCUCUCAUCAGCUUCUACAUACCAGUCGUCAUCAUGAUUGGGACAUACACAAGGAUCUACAGGAUAGCUCAAACCCAAAUAAGGAGGAUCUCCUCUCUGGAAAGGGCUGUGGAGCACGCUCAGAGCUGCCACCCUGACUGCCCUCAUGAGAACUCCUUAAAGACAUCCUUCAGGAAGGAGACUAAGGUCCUGAAGACCUUGUCCAUCAUCAUGGGGGUAUUUGUUUUCUGCUGGCUACCUUUCUUUGUUUUGAACUGCAUGGUACCUUUCUGCCACAUUGGUCUCCCAAAGCAAGAAGACCCUGAGCCCCCAUGUGUAAGUGAGACCACCUUCAGCAUCUUUGUUUGGUUUGGAUGGGCCAACUCGUCCCUGAACCCCGUCAUUUAUGCCUUUAACGCUGACUUUAGGAAAGCCUUCACUACAAUAUUGGGAUGCCAUAAAUUCUUUUCCAGCACCAACGUUGAAGCUGUGAACUUCAGCAAUGAGUUGGUGUCCUACCACCACGACACCACAUUUCAGAAAGAUAUUCCCAUCACCUUUAACAACCCUCAGCUCCCAAACGUGGUGCCCCACGACCAGGAAGACCUGGACGGACACUGUUUUGACAAAGUCUCAGUUAUAUCGAAUUCCAACGGGGCCAGGGGCCACAAGGUCUUGCUCUUGCCUGUUAGUGUCCAGUUUGAGUGUGAGGCUGAGAUAUCAUUGGAGACCAUCACUCCAUUCACCUCUGCUGGACCUCUGGAGUGUCACCCGCUCCCAGUAAAUGAUACAGACAGACAGUAUAACACAAAGAUGUACUAAGCCUGCAACAUUAUCUAUAGCUAGCUAACCAUCACAACAUAUACGAUGUGUGUUUAAUAAGUAGAUUUAUUCACUGCAGUGGCUUCCCGGAUAUAUACCAUUUAAUAAAUAAUUGAAUGCAUUAUGUAGCAGGCAUAGUGUAGGCUGAGUGUUAUCAUACAACAGAACAGCAGGAAUGGCAAUAACCAAUCUGUACUACUUCUGUCUCUCAGGGGCUGUCAGUGCAUCUGUCUCUAGUUUUCUACUAUUGUAUCAAAUGUGGUGGUAAUUAUUUUAGGUCUCAAUCUGCUGAGGUUAAAAUGAAGGAAAGCAUAGAAUUGUCUCAGUGGGUGGGAUGUAUUCAGCACAUCAGCUGGGCUUAUAAAUGGAAUUAUUAGAAGAUAAAAGUAAACCAACCACUCCAAUAUUUCUGCAACAUCGCUGCUCAUUAAACUCCUUUUUGGAAGCUG